AUGGGGAGAGCUCCUUGCUGUGAGAAGGUGGGGUUGAAGAAAGGAAGAUGGACUACUGAAGAGGAUAAGAUUUUAACUGAAUACAUCCAAGAAAACGGUGAGGGAUCAUGGAGGUCCUUGCCCAAAAAUGCAGGCUUGUUAAGAUGUGGGAAGAGUUGUAGACUGAGAUGGAUCAACUACUUGAGAUCAGACGUGAAGAGAGGGAACAUCACUCCUCAAGAGGAAGAGAUCAUUGUCAAGUUGCAUGCUGUUCUCGGUAACAGGUGGUCAGUAAUAGCAGGACAUUUACCAGGUCGCACGGACAAUGAAAUAAAGAACUAUUGGAACUCUCAUUUGAGGAGAAAAAUUUACUGUUUCAUGAAGUCAUUAAAUGAGUCCCUUCCUCCCAUUGACAUGGCUGCUGUAAACGUAGCAGCCACUUCCAAGAGAAGAACGAGUCGAAGCAUAAAAACCCAACAAGCCACACAAGACGACAAGAACAUGCCUUUCAUCCAAAACUCCUCACAAGAGAACACAAGAGAAGUGCCUAAACUUCAACCAUCAAUGCAUAAAAGAAAUGUCACUUCACAAACUUUGAAUGAUGAUGAUGACAUUAAGGGUUACACUAAUUUGGAUGCUUAUUGUGAGAUUGUGGACAACACAAAUGGUUCUAUAACAGCCUCAUGCCCCAGCAUGGAAUUAGGAGUUGAAGCCUUGGGACCAUAUCAAUGGUUAGAUGAUGAAAUUAUGAAACUUAGUUACAUGUUUGAAAAUGGGGUGCUUGUAAACCAAGGUGGGAUUGUAAGCAAUGAAGAAGGGUUUAGUAGAAAUAAUUGUGGACUAAUUGGAGAGGAUAUAAUGAGUGGAAAUUAUGAGGAGAGUAAGGGUGGUGUUUGGAGCUCAUCAAAUGCAGAAAGUGGAGAGUGGAACAAUAGCUGUUCUUCAGUUAAUUCUGUGUAUGAUUAUCAUCAGUGGCCUGAUAUGCAUUUAGAAGGUAGUGUUCAAUCCUAUAGUCCUUGGGAUCUUUGUGAAGAAGACCAGAAUGUGACAAGCUUUUGGGGUACUAGCAAUUGUGAAGGAAGUGGCUUUUAUCAGUGA